UGUUGCUAUAGGGGGGACGCAGGGGCUCGUCACUCACUGCUCCUGUGCGUGCCCUGGUUUAUUUAUAAUCCGUCUUUAGGGAGUUCACGGGGGCACAUAGGAAGAGGGAUUGGACGUAUUUCAUGUCAGGAGGCGCUGCUACGGCUGGAUUUGCUUGAAGGGGAGUGGGAGUGAAGAGUGUGGGAGGAGUGAGGAGUGAAAGGGCCUGGACCAGGGCGAAGGGCUGGGUACUUCACCGAGAACUGCAAGAGGGCAGGCGGAUAAAAACAGAGGGCACCCGCGCAACCUCUUCUUUUUGAGGCUGCAGGAGGUGUGAAUUGUCAACUGAAGUUCAGGCAGGUGGUGGAGAGGAAGCUUGCCGAGAGAACUUUGAGAGAACCUCCCGGCCCUGGCACAGAUGGAGCCUGAAAGCAGCUUGGACUACUUCUUGGAGCAAGUGGCGCAAAAGGAUGUUAGCCGACGACUACAGGUCGGCCAGGAGCUGAUCGAUUACUUGGGCGACCCCAGGAGGUCCAUGGACGUGGAUCAUGACCCAAAACGGGCUCUGGACGAUAUCGUGGACGAGCUAACGGGAUGGGUGAACUCCAGCAACUUCAAGGUUACUUUACUUGCACUAGAUGUUAUAGGAGCACUUGUGGAACGUAUUAAAGAUCGUUUUAAGCCCCUUGUUGGAACAGUGGUACCAGCACUUGUAGAUCGUUUAGGCGAUACCAAAGAUCAAGUCAGAGAGCAAGCACAGAAUGUUCUUGUCCGAAUAAUGGAUCAGGCUGUUUCACCCCAGUAUGUCUGGGAACGAUUAACUUCAGGGUUUAAACACAAGAACUUUAGGACACGUGAAGGAGUCUGUCUGUGCCUCAUCACUACACUGAAUAUUUAUGGAGCACAACCGUUAACAUUAAGCAAAAUAGUACCCCACAUAUGCAACCUACUCGGAGAUCCAAACAGCCAGGUCAGGGAUACAGCCAUGAGUGCUAUGGUGGAAAUUUAUCGUCAUGUUGGGGAGAAAGUGCGAGCUGACCUCAGCAAAAAGGGAGUUCCACAAGCACGAUUACAAGCACUGUUUGGAAAGUUUGAUGAAGUGCAGAAGUCUGGGAACAUGGUUUUGAGUUUCAGCCAUGACAAAAGCUUUGAUGAUGAGGAGUCUGUGGAUGGAAACAGACCAUCAGCCAAUUCUACGUUUAAGGCAUCUACGAAGAAAAUGGGAAGCACAAGCAUGGGCGGCAAAAGAUCAGCCUCUGUACCCGGAUCUAAAUCAGGGGCAUCAAAAGAUGGAGCACUGGAUGAAGAUGAUUUCACAAGGGCAUUUAAUGAUGUGCCUACUGUACAGAUUUUUUCCAAUAGAGAACUUGAAGAAACGUUGAACAAAAUAAGAGAAAUACUGUCUGAUGAUAAGCAUGACUGGGACCAGCGUGCCAAUGCUCUGAAGAAGAUUCGAUCACUACUGAUUGCUGGAGCUACAGAAUAUGACUGUUUUUUCCAGCAUUUAAGAUUAUUGGAAGGAGCUUUUAAAUUGUCGGCUAAAGAUCUCCGCUCACAGGUUGUCAGGGAAGCUUGCAUUACUGUAGCGCACCUGUCAACACAUCUAGGCAACAAGUUUGAUCAUAGUGCUGAAGCCAUUGUGCCUACAUUAUUUAACCUCAUCCCAAACUGUGCAAAAGUGAUGGCAACAUCUGGAGUCGCAGCGAUUAGGUGCAUCAUCCGUCAUACUCAUGUUCCAAGGUUGAUCCCCUUAAUAACUAGCAAUUGUACUUCAAAGUCAGUGGCUGUAAGGAGACGCUGUUACGAAUUUUUAGAUUUGUUGCUGCAGGAAUGGCAAACACAUUCUUUGGAAAGACAUGUGACUGUUCUGGUGGAGACCAUCAAGAAGGGCAUUUCGGAUGCUGAUGCAGAAGCCAGACAGGAAGCUAGAAAAACUUAUUGGAGUCUUCGAAACCAUUUUCCUGCAGAAGCUGAUGCAUUAUACAACUCCCUGGAGCCUUCCUAUCAAAAAAGUUUCCAGGCUCACCUGAAGAGUUCCACUAGCGCUGCAUCUCUGCCUCAUUCAGAUCGGUCCUCUUCCAGCUCACAAGAGAGCCUUAACCGUGCCUUUCCUGCUAAAUGGUCAGUCGCAAGCGGAGGUGCAUCAAGAGGCCCAAGUGCUAAGUCUGUGGCUACCCCUGGUGGUUUGCAGCGUUCUAGAAGUGACAUAGAUGUGAAUGCUGCUGCAUCUGCAAAAUCACGGCAUACCACGGGACACACAGCAGCAAGCCGUUUAACUGCAUCUAAUAUCCCUGCCGGAGCCUAUGCUUCACUCGAUGAUGCAUCUGACAAGGCAGAUGGUCGUAUCCGUAAUAGGCAACUACUCUCGGGAACUGCCACUAGUGCUGGCGAUGCUGCUGAUUCUAGAGGACGAAGUCGUACGAAAGUGGUGUCUCAAUCCCAACCUGCUAGUCGCUCUGGUUCUCCUGGAAGAGUAUUGAGUAGCACUGCACUUUCAACUGUGAGCAUUGGAACUCAGCGGGUCAUGCCCACAGGGGCUCCAGGACAGAAACGCAGUAAAAUACCACGUAGCCAAGGAUGCAGCAGAGAAGCAAGCCCAUCUCGAUUGACUUUAGUUCGAGGCAGCCGUAUCCCUCGACCUAGUGUGAGUCAGGGCUGCAGCAGGGACGCCAGCCGUGAAAGCAGCAGGGACACCAGUCCUGUUCGAUCCUUUACUCCACUUGCCUCCAGACAUCACUCCAGAUCAACUGGUGCCCUCUACACCUCAGACACAUAUUCAGCUACAGCAGGGUCUGAUCGCUAUGGAUUUAAUCAGUCCAGUAGAUUGUCUGCAUCAGUGAGUGCCAUGCGAGUUCUCAACACAGGAUCUGAUGUAGAGGAAGCGGUUGCAGAUGCUUUGCUCCUAGGAGACAUACGGAGUAAGAAAAAGCCAGCAAGGAGAAGAUAUGAAUCAUAUGGCAUAUAUUCCGAUGAUGAUGCCAACAGUGAUGCAUCCAGUGUCUGCUCUGAACGUUCCUACAGUUCUCGAAAUGGCAGCAUCCCCACAUAUAUGCGACAGACUGAAGAUGUAGCUGAAGUCCUUAACCGCUGUGCAAGCACCAAUUUUUCAGAAAGGAAGGAGGGUCUGCUGGGCUUACAGAGCUUACUGAAAAACCAACGGACAUUAAGUCGUGUUGAAUUGAAAAGAUUGUGUGAAAUCUUCACAAGGAUGUUUGCGGAUCCUCAUAGCAAGGUUUUCAGUAUGUUUUUGGAAACACUGGUUGACUUCAUUCAUGUCCAUAAAGAAGACCUUCAAGACUGGUUGUUUGUUUUAUUGACUCAACUAUUGAAGAAAAUGGGUGCAGAUUUGCUUGGUUCUGUACAGGCAAAGGUACAGAAAGCACUUGAUAUUGCAAGAGAGUCUUUCCCCAAUGACCUGCAGUUCAGUAUUUUAAUGAGAUUCACUGUUGAUCAAACGCAGACUCCAAACUUGAAGGUGAAAGUUGCUAUUUUGAAGUACAUUGAGACGUUGACUCUACAGAUGGACCCUGCAGAUUUUGUAAAUUCUAGUGAAACACGUCUGGCAGUAUCACGGAUCAUUACCUGGACAACUGAGCCAAAAAGCUCUGAUGUGAGAAAGGCAGCUCAAGCUGUUUUGAUAUGCCUAUUCCAACUCAACACUCCAGAGUUCAGCAUGCUGCUUGGAGCUCUACCCAAAACGUUCCAGGAUGGAGCCACCAAACUUCUUCAAACCCAUCUUCGUAGCUUAGCCAGCACCACCCAGCAGGGAUCUGGCAACAGUUCUGUAACACGAAGCACACCACGUUCACCUGCAGGUUGGACCAGUCCCCUCACUUCGCCAACCAACACAACUCAGAAUACUCUACCACCAAGUGCAUUUAACUAUGACACAGAGAACAUGAAUUCAGAAGAAAUAUACUGCUCUCUUCGAGGAAUGACUGAAGCAAUCCAGAACUUUAGUCUCCUUAGUCAAGAAGAAAUGAAUGAACCUUUACGACGAGAUGCUAAAAAAGAUGAUGAUGGGGAACUGGCCACUGGUGGAAUUACCGAUACCCGAGGAGGCGGUGAUGCCACUGACUUAGGACGAACUGCUCUGGAUAAUAAGACUUCACUGCUGAGCACUGUACCCCAACGCAGUAGUUCACGUUCACGUGAUUAUAAUCCAUACAAUUAUUCUGAUAAUACUUCUGUCAGUAAGUCUGCCUUAAAGGAAGCCAUGUUUGAUGAUGAUGCUGAACAGUUUCCUGAUGAUCCUUUGGACCAGUCUGAUUUGGUUGCAGAGCUGCUAAAGGAACUUUCCAAUCACAAUGAAAGAAUAGAAGAACGUAAAGCAGCAAUGUAUGAACUCCUUAAAUCAAUUCAAGAAGAGUCUUUGGGGGUAUGGGAUGAACACUUCAAAACUGUUUUGCUGCUGCUCCUCGAGACACUUGGAGACAGAGAGCAUACAAUCAGAGCAUUGGCAUUGCGAGUUUUAAAAGAGAUUUUAAAACAUCAGCCAGAAAGAUUCAAAAAUUAUGCAGAACUCACUAUCAUAAGGACUUUGGAAGCCCACAAGGACCCCCAAAAAGAGGUGGUAAGAGCUGCCGAAGAAGCUGCUACAGCCCUGGCUACGUCCAUCAACCCUGAGCAGUGUAUUAAAGUGCUUUGUCCUAUUAUCCAGACUGCAGAAUGCCCCAUCAACCUAGCAGCCAUCAAAAUGCAAACCAAGAUCAUAGAGAGAGUCCAAAGAGAGACUCUGAACCAGUUGUUGCCUGAAAUUAUUCCUGGUCUGUUAAUGGGUUAUGACAAUACAGAGAGCAGUGUUCGCAAAGCAAGUGUAUUUUGCCUUGUAGCCAUCUAUUCUGUUAUUGGUGAAGAUCUUAAACCCCAUCUUGGUCAACUCACUGGCAGUAAGAUGAAAUUGUUAAACUUGUACAUUAAACGUGCACAAACUGGCUCCAGCACAAGUGGCUCAGCGUCAGACCUCACUGGUCAAAGCUAGAGAUAGCAGCUAUUUUAAAAUGAGUCUUCUGAGAACAGGACAACAACCAGUUUUUCAAGAUUAGACUCUUCUUUGGAACUUGAUUCAUCACAGCUGUAUACAACAAAUGGCUUCCCUCAGCCUGCAUGUGACUGUUGCACCAGAAUUUAUUCCAGAUCAGAGGAAACAGUAUUAGUCAAUCCAGAUAAAACUCAAAUCAGUUCUUACUCAGACUCCUCUGUGUUUCUUCUAAUUAAUGUUUACCAGUGUUACAGUUAUAUAAAUAAAAUGCUAAUUAUGAUUAAAAAGGAAUGCUUUAAGCUUCAGAAAAGUUUUUUGCUUCUAUCCAGCGGUAUUACAAUUUCCUUUUAUUUCAUAAUUUACUUCUGGUUAGAUUUCACAAAUCAUUGGUAAAGGAUAAGCCUCCAGUAAGUCAGACUAGAACCAGAUUGAAGCAGUAGCAAACUGCCUUGUUUUGGGUGCAUGCUGCCAUAACAAAACUUUAGGGAUUGUAACUUAAUGUUGUGCAAGGCCUGCGGCUGGAAUUGUCUGGUUUUGCCAGUGUCACUUGUCUAUUCACCAAUUUAAUCUGUUGUUCCCUCAAUAAAAGUAAAGCAAACUAAACGGAAGAAAGCUAGAAGAGCUGAGCAUUUUUGAGCAGCAGCAAGUCAUCUCUGUGUCCUAUUUCUCAGUAGUAGGUUUAAGUGGAUGGGAACAGGUUGCAUGAGACUUGUAUCAUAACCAAAUGGACACAUGCCAUCACCCCUUCUUCAAGCAAGGUGCAUCGGAGUGGAGUGCUCUUCACAAGCACACUCAGUAUGUAACUUGUUUAUAUUUAGUAUAUGUUUCUAAAGUUCUAGUAAAAUGCAUAUGUUCAUCAGGUAGAAAAACCUUUGUGGCAAGUUUUGACUCAGCAGUAACCUUAAAUAAGUAGACAACAGUUGUGGUGAUGAUGCGACUGACCUAUUUGUCUGUGAUGGCUUUGUUUAAAUGUUCCAGGAAGCUUAACAUCAAUAGCUACUAUUUGUGCACAGUACAAUGUGAAGGUCAUAAGAUAUUGACAGUGUCCAUUUGGGAAAGCAAAUAAGAUGGAUCAAUAUGGAGAUGUCAGCACGUUGCAUUAGUGUUCUCUCUACCUCUUUUGCAGACAGGUAUUCUUACAACCUACUGACAUAACUUACACUUUUUUUUUUAAAAGUCUACUACUUUUACCUGGUUGCAUAAUGACUAACAUUUAAUGACAUGUCCUAAAUCGAUACUGGAAAUAGUUUUGUUGCCAGUUGUUCUGUGAUGGUGAUGCUCAUGGGGCUGGAUAUGUGAAGUCCAAAACUAAAGUGAAUGCAUCUGGUAAAAUUGAAUCCCACUGGGAAAGCAAAACAUGAUCAGACUGUUGUUUUGCUGCUUUUAGGGAGUCCCCCUUUUUUGUUUAAUGAGAAAUUUGUAGAAAUGUAUUUAAAGAUUUUAAGCGAGCCUUCUAUCUGUUACUGGCUUUUUUAGCACCUGCAUCAAGGAUAUAGUGUCACGUGAAUGUUUAUUUGGUUUACACUGUAUUAUUUGAUGUAUUUAUAAUUAUGUGCUUACAAAUGUGCAUACACUGGCAAUAAACUGUAUAUAACAUUA